AUGUCACGUCGAGAUUCUCAUCGUGAUGAUAUUCCAGAAAACAAAGAGGCUAUAACACUAAUUUGGUUAGAUGAAAAUAUCGAUGAUGCAGAUUAUUUUAAACAAACAUUGAAUACGUUGCGUCAAUUCAUUGAUUACGUUCUAUUAUAUACCGAUUCUCAACUAUAAUUGCCACAAACAGCUCAAGCGAAACAACAAAUGAUUGAUGUAUGUAAACAUUAUUAUCAAACAAAUGAUCGUGAACUAAAUAGAAUAAAACAAUUCGAAGAGACAUAUCAAUCUUCAGAUGCAAUUCGUUGGUACACUGAGGACAGUUUUGUUCAUAAAUUAUUGAAUAAAGCUUUACGAAUAGAAGACUUUUCUCUGUUACAUUUAUUUGGAUUUUAUAUUAUUGAUUUAUGUAAACAAAUCGAACAUGAGAGUGAAUGUUAUUUAUCAUUAUCACCACAAUCACAUUAUCUUAAAUUGUAUCGAGGUCAAAUGAUGUCUAAACAAGAAAUAGAUAAACUUAUAAAAUAUAUUGGACAUUUAAUAUCACCAAAUGGAUUUUUUUCGACGUCAGAAGAUCUUAAUGUUGCAUUAAUGUUCGCUGGUAACGAUGAACCAAAAAGCGUUCUAUUUGAAAUAAGCAUCGAUCGAACGAUCACAAGACCUAGAUCAGUGAUUUUUGCAGCUGCUAUCGAACGGUAUAGUCGUUUUCCAGAUGAAAAAGAAGUUAUAUUCAGCCUUGGUGCAACAUUUAAAUUAAACAGGAUGUUUUACGAUUUUCAGUUUAAAAAGUGGCGUGUUCAAAUGACUGCAACAGAUCAAGGAUUAGAAUAUAUUCAAACGCAUAUUGAUUUGAUGAAAGAGGAUUUAGAAGAAACCACCCCAACAGCAUUGUUUGGAGAAUUAAUUAUCGAUAUGGGACAAUUCUCCAAAGCAGAGUUCUAUCAUAGACUUGUUAUUAAUACUCUACCAGAAGGUCACGAUGAUAUUCCAUUAUUAUACCAUGGUCUUGGCUAUAUAUAUUAUAAAAGACGCCAGUAUGAUCAGGUACUGAAAUAUGGCAGAAUUGCACAUAAUAUACUAAAACAAACAUUACCACCAAAUCAUUUAUAUAUCGCUCAAUCUUGUGUUAAUCUUGGGUGGGAUCAUAAACGAAAUGGUUAUCCCAAUCGGGCACUGAAACUUUUCAAAAAAGCCUUAGCAAUAAGAGAAAUGAACUAUUGCGACAAAGAUCAUACUAAUAUUGCUAUUGCUUUAAUUUCUAUCGGGGACAUGUAUACUGAUUUAGAUGAUUAUCAAAAUGCUUUCGAUUAUUUAAUAAGAGGAUUAGAAAUGUUCCAACGUAUUUUUCCAUGUGAACAUUUUGAAAUAUCUAAAACACUAAUGAAAAUUGGGAAUCAAUUUGAAAAACAAUCUUUAUUUGAUUGUGCUAUGGAGUAUUAUCAUCGGGGCUAUAAUAUGGCCAAAAAAGUGAUGCCACUAGAACAUCCUCGUGUAAUAACAUAUUUUGAAAGGAUUAUGAGACUAUACAAGAAAAUGAACAAUAUCGAUGCAGCUAUACAAUUUUCUAACGAAAAUCUUGUUCUUCAAUGUGAAUUAUUGGGUGGAAUUCAUCGAAAUAUUGCUCAAAUACAUUUGGUACCUGCAGAUGUAAUUAAUGAUAUUGAACAAAAACUAUCCAAAUAUGAUCAAGCACUACAUAUACUGGAAAAUUGUUUUCCAAUUGAUGAAGAAGCAAUAGCUGUUUGUCGAAGUAAAAUUUACGACCAAAUGCUUGUCUGAAUAAUGUCUUCUACACUUUAAUCACAAUUGCAUUCUAUAGAAACUAAGUCUUGAAAAUGUGUUUAAGAGAGAUAUGUGAAAUAAGACUGAGGUUUCCAUGAUCAUAUACAGUGUUGACCAAAAGUCUCGACCAUUCCUCCUCUCAAAGUCUAUUGAUAUUUUAGGAUUUUUCAGCUGAUGUUUUAGGUGCGUACGUGCUAUGACAAACGA